GUAAUGGAACAAGUGCAGGAUUCGGUUACGCAAGAAGAUGCAAACAUUAAGGCUAUUAAUGAAGAGUACAGGAAAGCCUUUAUAUUUAUCAAUAAAGGACUGAACACAGAUGAACUGAGUCAGAAGGAAGAGGCAAAAAAUUACUAUAAGCAAGGACUGGACCACUUGCUUCGAGGAAUCAGCAUUCCCUCGCAGGACCCUGCGUGUGUGGGAUCCCAGUGGGAGUCUGCCAGGGAGAUGCAACAAAAGAUGAAGGAGACCCUCCAAAAUGUUCGCGCUCGACUCAGUGUUUUAGAACAAGAUGUCUCCACUGUAAGACAUCAGGAAGCAGGAAGUCCUGCUGCAACAGGUGUCCCUGCUGAGGUGCCCAAGCUGUACCCUUCUGUUCCUUCCGAAGAGAAGCCAGAAAGACCUCCUCCACCUACUUCUCUGCUUGCACCCAGCCAGCCACCAGCGGCCAGCAGAAGUGUUGCAAGUGCGAGUGAGGGGCAAAUUCCAGCUAUGAGUCCAUCAGAUCCAAAUCCUCUCUGUCUGCCAAAUGAAGCACCUCCUGCCUACACGCCUCAAGCUGCCGAUGGCCAUUUUACUGUGUCUUAUGGCACAGACUCUGGGGAGUUUUCAUCUGUAAGUGAGGACUACUACAGAAAGUGUAACCAGCCACCUCCCCUUGAAAAUCUGGGAGUGGAUGCAGACGAGCUGAUCUUGAUUCCCCAAGGAGUGCAGAUAUUCUUUGUGACCCCUGAUGGGCAAGUUAGUGCUCCUUCAUAUCCUGGAUAUCUACGCAUCGUGAAGUUCUUGGAUGCAGACAGCGAGAUGGCCCAGAAUCGUCCACCUGCAUUUCUUCAGGUUUGUGACUGGAUGUAUCCUCUAAUGAGCAAUCAGUCUCCUGUCCUGUGCUGCAGCACUGGAGUCUACAUGUUCCCCGACACAAUGUCGCAGGUGCCAGGGUCCUACGUGGGAGUUGUGUUGUCCUCAGAACUGCCAGCAGCUGACAGGGAGCUUUUUGAGGAUUUGCUAAAACAGAUGUCCGAUCUUCGAAUCCAGGUGCCAAGAUCUCAUGAGAAAGUAGGGUUACCUUCAGAACUCCCAGCAACUGUGAGAUCACAUUUUGAAGAUAAGUUAAAACAGAGAUCUGGCCACAAAGUCCAGCCUGCAGAAGCAUCUAGUGACACGUUUAACUUGCCUGAGACUGUGCAUAUUCAACCACAAGUUGAAGGAGAGGAAAAAGGGAGAUGGAGUGAGAAGGUUGCCCAUGGAAUCUUGUCAGGUGCAUCUUGGGUAAGCUGGGGCCUCAUGAAAGGAGCAGAGUAUACUGGCAAGGCUAUCCACAAAGGAGCUUCCAAGCUGCGGGAGCAUAUUCAACCAGAAGAAAAACCUCUGGAAGUCAACCCAACUGUAGCGAAGGGGCUUCAUGUAGCGAAACAGGCUACGGGAGGAGCUGUAAAAGUCAGCCAAUUUUUAGUUGAGGGAGUGUGUUCUAUAGCAAGCUGUGUUGGAAAGGAGCUGGCUCCACAUGUGAAGAAGCACGGCAGCAAAUUAGUUCCAGAAUCCCUUAAGAAAGACAAAGACGGAAAAUCCACUUUUGAUGGAGCGCUGGUGGUAGCAGCAAGUGGAGUUCAAGGGUUUUCAACAGUAUGGCAAGGUUUAGAAAGUGCAGCCAAGUGCAUUGCUAAAAGUGUUUCAACUGAGACUGUAAAAACUGUCAAAUACAAGUAUGGAGAGGAUGCUGGCCAUGCUACAGACAAUGCUAUGAAUUCUGCAAUCAAUGUUGGCGUGACAGCGUUUAAUAUUGACCACAUUGGGAUCAAAGCUGUUGUGAAGAGAACAGCAAAAGAAACUGGCCAUGCUGUGCUGGAUGAAUACAAUGUACUGGAUAAGGAGAAAAAGGAUAAAAUAUGA